CUUUUGACUUGAACUGAUUAUUUUAAAUAUUUCACACUUUAAACAUGAAGAAAGUAAAGUGUGAAGAAGCAAGCAUCAUUUGACGACUAUAAACGUCUGCGACUACUUAAGACUUUUCCUUUGAAUGGCCAAUUUGGCGACUCGACAACCAAACCUGCAGUUAAUAAUUUAACAAGUCUGCAAAGGGUUCCAAAAAUGGAAGAUUUCCAAAUUUGGAUGUUACAAGAGAAAUAAAAUAUACUCCAGCAUUUGGCUUUCAAAGAAUGAAGGCAACAUCAAACGAAGGUUUCAAACUCUUCUUCCUCCUCUGCUUAUUUUCUAUUUAUCAAAUUUUAGGUGCUACAGAUACUAUAACAACAACUCAAUUUCUCAAAGAUGGGGAACUCAAUAUUAGUUCAUCAGGUGGAAGUUUCGAAAUGGGGUUCUUCAGUCCAGGUAAUUCUAAGUUUCGGUAUUUCGGUAUUUGGUAUAAGAACAUUUCUGUCACCACAGUUGUGUGGGUUGCCAACAGAGAAGCUCCUUUAACAAAUACAUCUGGUACACUAAAAGUUAUUAAGCCAGGAUUACUUGUAAUAGUUAAUGAGACUAACCACAUCAUUUGGUCAACAAAUACCUCAAGAUCUGUGCAAAAUCCCAUUGCAAAGUUGCUUAAUUCUGGAAAUCUUGUUGUUAAAGAAGCUGCUGCUGCUGCUGCUGAUGAUGAUAAAGUUGGAAGUUUUCUUUGGCAGAGUUUUGAUUAUCCUACUGAUACCCUUUUACCCGGUAUGAAAAUCGGGUUUAAUUUUGUAACCGGUAAAGAAGUGUACUUGUCAUCUUGGAAAAAUGAGGAGGAUCCUGCUCCGGGUGAUUAUACAUAUCAUUGUGAUCUUUCUGGUUAUCCACAGAAUAUUUUGAAGAAAGGGUCAAAUGUUAUUUACAGGUCUGGACCAUGGAAUGGAUUAAGGUUUAGUGGGGCAACAAACUCAAGAGAAAGUCAAUUUUAUACAUUUGGUGUGUUUUCAACUAAGACAGAAGUGUAUUUUAGUUAUCAGCUUUUAGCUUCAGUUGUUACAAGGUUUAUACUGAAUCAGAAUGGUGCGCUACAACGUUGGACUUGGGGUGAUAGGAAUAAGGGUUGGGCACUUUACCUUUCACUACCAACAGAUAAUUGUGAUACUUAUAGGUUAUGUGGUGGAUAUGGUAGUUGUAACAGUCUGAAUUCUCCGGUAUGUGGAUGUUUAGAUAAGUUUGUGCCUAGAAUUCCUGAAGAUUGGAAGAAAGCGGAUUGGUCAAGUGGUUGUGUUAGGAGGACUGAAAUGAAUUGCCUCAAGGGAGAUGUCUUUUUGAAGUAUUCGAAACUCAAAUUACCAGACACGCGAAAUUCAUGGUUCAAUGUGAGUGUGAACCUUGAGGAAUGUAAGAGAAUUUGCUUGAAGAAUUGCUCUUGUAUGGCUUACUCAAAUCUUGACAUACGCAAUGGAGGAAGCGGCUGCUUACUGUGGUUUGAAGAUCUGCUUGACAUUCGACAGCUAACUAAUGAAGGGCAAGAUAUCUACAUUAGAAUGGAUGCUUCUGAAUUAGCUAGUCAGGAUAAAUCAAAUGGACACAAAGGAAAACUUCUUGCCUGGAUUAUCCCAUUAUCAGCUGGUGUGGUUCUGAUAUUCCUAAGCCUAGUGAUCUUCCACAGAAGAAGGAAGCGAGCUUCAGAGAAAAAGAAAGGAUUUUGGGGGUGCAAUGGCAAUUACAAGAUGGAUUACCACAAUGGAAACCGAAGUGAAGAAUUUGAGUUACCACUGUUUGACUUAUCUACGAUAGCCAAAUCUACGAACAACUUUUCAGAGGAGAGCAAAAUUGGAGAGGGCGGGUAUGGACCUGUUUACAAGGGCAUGCUUGAACAAGGACAGGAAAUAGCUGUGAAGCGGCUAUCUAAGACUUCCACACAAGGACAAGACGAGUUCAAGAAUGAAGUGAUGUAUAUUGUGAAACUUCAGCAUAGAAAUCUGGUGAAGAUUCUUGGAUGCUGCAUUGAAGGAGAAGAAAAAAUGUUGAUCUAUGAGUACAUGCCAAAUGGAAGUCUUGAUUCAUUUAUAUUCGAUGACACAGGAAGCAGGGUAUUAGACUGGCCUAAGCGCUUUCACAUCAUCAACGGGAUAGCUCGGGGGCUUAUGUAUCUGCAUCAAGAUUCUCAGUUGAGGAUCAUUCACAGGGACCUGAAAGCUAACAAUAUUUUACUAGACAAUGACAUGAAUCCAAAGAUAUCAGACUUUGGCAUAGCAAGAAGUUGUGAAGACGAUAAGUUUGGAGCCAAGACACACCGAGUAGUUGGAACAUAUGGCUACCUCUCACCGGAGUAUGCUGUGCAUGGGGUCUACUCAGUAAAGUCAGAUGUAUUUAGCUAUGGUGUCUUAGUGCUGGAAAUUGUGAGUGGGAAAGGGAACAGAAGAUUCUCUCAUCCGGACCAUAGCCUUAACCUCCUUGGACACGCUUGGAAACUCUAUAAAGAAGGUAGAUCAAUGGAAUUACUUGGGGAUUUCCCAAUUGAUGUUCAUUCUACACCUGAAGUAAUACGAUCAAUCCAUGUUGGUCUAUUAUGCGUACAACACUGUCCAGAAGAUCGUCCAAGUAUGUCUUCUGUGGUGAUGAUGGUAAACAAUGAAGGUGAACUGCCACCGCCUAAACAGCCAGUUGCUCAAGAAGAGUGCAGUUUUCUUACAACUUGGUGCAAAAAAUACCAAACGUGUCUUCUGGUCGCAAAAUGUGUUAUACAAGUGUUUAUAUCUCCUGAGCAUUCUGUAAUUUGUUGGAAGAAAAAGAACUUUACCACAAAAUGACUGGUAAUCUUGGCUUUUGUGAGGCCAUGAGCCAAGUAGCAUCAACGGUAGUUCAAAAUUUGAGUAUUGCAGAAGGAAGCUGGAAGUUAAAGGAUCUUACUUUAAGAAUUUGUGGAAAGUUCUGUAGAACAACUAGUGAAAAUUUGAACCAAGAAUUUCAGAUAAUGCAAAGCUAGGGCAAGAUAUCCCUUCAAGGACUACCAGCAACUCUCCAGUUUCCUAGGCAUGUCUGGAUUCAAAAUGUUAAAAGGCGUUGGAAUACAAAUCAUGACACUUCUAUUAGUAGUAAUAGAUUUGUUUAGUUUAAGUUAAAUAUAAUCCCCAGUACAGUCAAACCUCUCUAUAACAGCCUCGUUUGUUCCGAAUAUUUUUGGAUGUUAUAACGAAGUGCUGUUAUAGA